CUCUCCCGGGUGCUGAUAAGUCUGUACCGACCAAGUCUUCCGCACACUGAGCUAGCAACCCAUACAACUGUCGUCAUGGCUGGCUCGACUACCAAGAAGCGGUCUCGCAGUACGAGCAGCGAUUCCCUUGAUCAGGUUGAGUGCAACGUCGCUGAGCGCAAAGCUGGUGCAAAAGAUGAAAAGCCAGGAAAGAAGAGUCUCUUCGACGAAGAAGACUCCUCUGACGACUCAAGCUCCGGCAGCGAUGACGAUUCCGAGGAUGGAGGCGCUAAGUUAGAAGAGGCCUCAGGGUCGUUCAAGAUCAACGAGGAGUAUGCCAGGAGGUUUGAGCACAACAAGAAGCGGGAAGAACGUCAACGAUUGGAAGAAAAGCACGGCCGAGAUCUUGCGAACCAAGACGACGAAGAGUCGGACUCUGAGGAUGAGACAGAAGACGAGGAAGGCUUCCUGGCCACCGAAGACCUAGACGCCGAAAUCUCAGCUACCCUGCAGGCCCUCCGGAACAAGGAUCCCAAGAUCUACGAUAGCAAUGCAACAUUCUACACGCCAAUAGAAGAGGCAACCGCAGCCGCAGCCGCCUCGAAAAAGUCCAAGGACAAACCCAUGACGCUCAAGGACUAUCACCAAGAGAGAUACAUGAAGGGCGACGUUGGCGCAGACUUUGACGAGGACUUAAAGGCACCGCCGCCCCGAACAUAUGCUCAGGAACAAGACGACCUGAAAAAGGAUUUUAUCAACGAGGUCAAGGCCCUCACAAAGGAUGACUCGGACGACGACAGCGACGGCGAGACCUUCCUGAAGCGCAAGUCCAAGCCCGAUCAGCCAGCCACCUCCAAUGGCGUGCAUCCUUCCCGAGCCGCCCAGGUCAAGACCGUCACCGAGGUGGACGUGGCCAACGCCGACAAGGAUCCGGAGCUGUUCCUCUCAAACUUUAUGGCCUCGAGGGCCUGGGCACCCCCAGAAGGCAACCAGUGGGAGGCCUUUGAGUCGGAUGAGGAGGACGCCGACAACGCCAACAUGGCAGAGGAAUUUGAGAAUGCGUACAACAUGAGGUUCGAGGAUCCUGAGAAGAGCAACGAGGUCCUGCAGUCGUACUCGCGAACGCUUGUCGCUGCCAGGAGUGUCAGGAGGGAAGAGGCCAAGGGCAGGAAACGGCAGCGUGAGCUCGAAAAAGAGCGCAAGGAGGCGGAGAAGCAAGAAAGGCGGGAAGAGCGUGCCCGCCUGAAGCGGCUCAAGCUGGAGGAAGCAGAGGAAAAGCUCAAAAAGAUCAAAAAGGCUGCGGGGCUGCACAACAAGACGCUCAAGGAGGAGCAGUGGGCGAAACUGCUCGACGAUGCUUGGGACGACGAUAAAUGGGAGUCGGAAAUGCAGAAGCAGUUUGGCGAUGAUUACUAUGCAGAGGAGGAGAUUGGCGACGUCAGCUCGGAUGAAGAGGCCGACUCUUCGUCCAAAAAGCGCAAGCCCAAGAAGCCGAAAUGGGACGAUGACAUCGAUAUCAAGGACAUUGUUCCUGAUUUUGACGACUCGGUACCGCCCACGUUACGUCUGUCGGACGACGAGGAAAACCAGGAGGUGGAGCAGGAAGGUGUCGAGGAAGGUAUUGACGAGGAGGACGACGAUGACGAGGGAAACCCCUCCAAGAAGCGCAAGACCUCAAAAGACCACAAAAAGGACCGCAUCGCCGCGCAGCGCGCCGCCCGCCAGGAGCGCGCCAAGCUCGAGGCCCUGGUGGAGCAAAAAAUGGAGCUCGACGACCCCACGGCGCUUGCAUCGUCAUCCAAGAAGCACAAGGCGGCUGGCGGCGGCGGCGGCGGGUUCCGGUACCGCGAGACGUCGCCCAACUCGUUUGGCCUGACGCCGCGCGACAUUCUGCUCGCGCCCUCGGACGCCGUCCUCAACGAGUUUGCCGGCCUCAAGAAGCUCGCCACCUUUCGCGACCCGGAAAAGAAGCGCAGGGACAAGAAGCGCCUGGGCAAGAAGGCGCGCCUCCGCCAGUGGCGCCGCGAGAACUUUGGUCGCGAGUUCGAGGAGACCGGGCCCACAUUUGGCUUCGAUCGGGCUGUCGCUGCCGCAGAGGGCGGUGGUGGUGGUGGUACUGGCGAGCAUAAGAGGCACAAGGGCAAGGAUAAAGGAAAGGCCAAGGCCAAAGCCGAGGGGGAGGAAGGCGAGGAGAAGAAGAGCAAGAAGCGGAAGAGGUCCAAGGGGACCAAAACUGAGGCGUCGGCUUAA